GGGCGGGGCUUCCGCUUCCGGAGGGGUGUCCCAGCGGCGGAGAUGGCGGCGGCGGCGGCCGCGGCCUCUGACGCUGCGGAGACCCGGGAGGAGGCCGAGGCGCCGGGCCCCGCCUGGGAUGAGUCCCAGCUGCGCAGCUACGGCUUCCAGACGCGCCCCAUCCCGCGUCUGAGCCAGAGCGACCCCCGGGCGGAGGAACUCAUCGAGAACGAGGAGCCUGUGGUGCUGACCGACACAAAUCUUGUGUAUCCUGCCCUGAAGUGGGACCUUGAGUACCUGCAAGAGAACAUUGGCAACGGAGACUUCUCUGUGUACAGUGCCAGCACUCACAAGUUCUUGUACUAUGACGAGAAGAAGAUGGCUAAUUUCCAGAACUUUAAGCCGAGGUCCAACAGAGAGGAAAUGAAAUUUCAUGAGUUUGUCGAGAAACUUCAAGAUAUACAGCAGCAAGGAGGGGAAGACAGGUUGUAUCUACAGCAAACUCUCAAUGACACCGUGGGCAGGAAAAUUGUCAUGGACUUUUUGGGUUUUAACUGGAACUGGAUUAAUAAGCAACAGGGAAAGCGUGGCUGGGGACAGCUGACCUCUAACCUGCUGCUCAUUGGCAUGGAAGGAAAUGUGACGCCUGCUCACUAUGAUGAACAACAGAACUUCUUUGCUCAGAUAAAAGGUCAUAAGCGAUGCAUCUUAUUCUCGCCAGAUCAGUUUGAGUGCCUCUAUCCAUACCCUGUCCACCACCCAUGUGACAGACAGAGCCAGGUGGACUUUGAUAAUCCUGACUAUGAGAGAUUUCCCAAUUUCCAAAAGGUGGUUGGUUAUGAAACAGUGGUUGGCCCUGGUGAUGUUCUCUACAUCCCAAUGUACUGGUGGCAUCAUAUAGAGUCAUUAUUAAAUGGGGGGAUUACCAUCACUGUGAACUUCUGGUACAAGGGGGCUCCCACCCCUAAGAGAAUUGAAUAUCCUCUCAAAGCUCACCAGAAAGUAGCCAUAAUGAGAAAUAUUGAGAAGAUGCUUGGAGAGGCCUUAGGGAACCCACAAGAGGUGGGGCCUUUGUUGAACACAAUGAUCAAGGGCCGAUACAACUAACCUGCCGGUGGUCAAUGCCUCCUGCCAGGUGACUUGUCCCGUCCACAUGGCUUCGUUGAUGAGGACAGGAGACUCCAAGCACUAGUAUUGCACACUGCACUUAAUGGACUGGACUCUUGCCAUGGCCCUAGAGCCAGGUGUUUAGGGCAAGGCAGAGUGGUCACACUACUCCUGCGUGGAGGGACUUCUCACCCUUGCCUCUGGGGCCCCAGCACCUUCCCUCCCUGACCCCCAAAGUCCUGCAUUCAGUGCGUGGAGUUCCAGCU